AUGACCCUUCUCCCUUCCUUCCUCCUCGCCGUAGCCAUCCUCACAACAACCGCCGCCGCCGCCGCCGCUGACCCAUCUCCCUCCCUCCAGCUCCUAUCCCUCCUCGCCCUGAAAUCAUCUCUCUCGGAUCCCCUGAAUUCCCUCCAGACCUGGAACGUGACGACGGCGGAGUCUCCCGGGAACGAUUCUUUCCGGCCCGUUGAAUGCUCGUGGCCCGGCGUCGGCUGCAAUCGCCUCGGAAACCGCGUUAUCAGCCUCGACCUGUCGGGCCGCAAGCUCUCCGGCGGUAUUCCGGCGGAUGUGAAGUAUCUGACCCACUUGGAGUCUCUGAACCUGAGCUGGAAUUCGUUCGAUGGCCCGCUCCCUGGCGCCGUUUUCGAGCUCACGAGCCUCAGGACACUCGACAUUAACCACAACCAAUUCAACUCGAGCUUCCCGGCCGGAAUAUCGAAGCUCGAGUCCCUCGCGUUUUUCAACGCCUUCAGCAACAAUUUCUCGGGCCCAUUGCCGGAGGAGCUCGUUCUCCUCGAAAACCUCGACUACGGGAAAUUUGCGAAGCUGAGGUCUCUGUAUCUUAAUGGGAACUUGCUGGUGGGCCGGAUUCCGGCCGAGCUGGGUUCCUUGCGCCUGCUCGAGCACGUGGAAUUGGGGUACAAUUCUUAUUCCGGUGAAAUUCCCCGACAACUCUUCAAUUUGUCGAAGUUAAGUUAUCUGGAUUUAUCGUUGGCGAAUUUAUCCGGUAAUCUUCCGGAUGAGAUCGGCAGUGUGGAGAGCCUGCAAUUCCUGUUGUUGUUCGAUAAUAAACUAUCGGGCCCAAUUCCAGCGAGCUGGGCCCGAAUGGUCUCGUUGCAGGUUCUCGAUUUGUCGAACAAUAAUCUCUCGGGUCAAAUUCCAACUGGAUUUUCAGAAUUGAAGGAGGUCACCACACUGUCACUGAUGAACAACGAGCUGACAGGCGAAAUUCCAGAAGGAAUUGGCCAGCUCCCAAAUUUAGAAAUACUGUACCUAUGGAACAAUUCACUUUCUGGGAUUUUACCUCAGAGUUUAGGUUCCAAUGCCAGGCUACAAAAGCUCGACGUCUCAACGAAUUCUCUCUCCGGCCCCAUCCCACCCGAUCUCUGCCUCAGCAACAGCCUCGUCAAGCUUGUUCUCUUUUCGAAUGAAUUUUCUGGCCGAAUCCCACCUUCAAUAGCCAACUGCACGGCCCUUUACCGCGUGAGGAUCGAAAAUAAUCAACUCAACGGGUCAAUACCUUCUGGGUUUGGAUCCUUGCCGAACCUCACCUUCUUUGAGCUGAGCAAGAACAGACUAUCCGGUCCAAUUCCGGACGACAUUGGGCAUGCCGAGAGGUUGCAGUUGCUCAACAUAUCCGAAAACACAUUCCAUUCCGAGCUGCCGGAGAACAUAUGGAAAGCCCCGAGCCUACAAAUUUUCUCGGCAAGCUCGGCCAACCUCAAUGGAAAAAUCCCGGAUUUCAUUGGCUGCCGAAACUUCUACAAAAUUGAGCUCGACGGGAACAAUCUCACCGGUGGCAUCCCAUGGGACAUUGGGCACUGUGUAAAGUUAAUCACCCUAAACCUUCGCCGGAACUCUCUCACAGGAAUCAUCCCGUGGGAAAUAUCCACAUUGCCCUCAAUCACAGACAUCGACCUCUCCCACAACUUCCUAACCGGAACCAUCCCUUCGAGCUUCAGCAACUCCACCACCCUCGAGAGCUUCAACGUGUCCUACAACCAGCUGACGGGCCCAAUCCCAUCCUCAGGCCCGACAUUCGCGGGCCUCCACCCAUCCUCGUUCGCCGGCAACCAAGGCCUCUGUGGCUCAUCCAUAAAAAUAGCCUGCCGAGCUGGGGUUUCCGGCGGGCCCUCGGCUGAGGCCAUUGAUGUCCACCACGGGCCCAAGAAGACUGCCGGUUCUAUAGUCUGGAUUAUGGCAGCAGCCUUCGGAGUCGGGCUCUUUGUCUUGAUCGCCGGUGGCCGAUGCUUCCGGGCAAAGUACGGGCCGAAUCUUCCGGGCUCGGGCCACCGGGAGGUUGGGCCUUGGCGGCUGACUGCCUUCCAGCGGCUCAACUUCACAGCGGAUGACAUCUUGAAUUGUCUCGACUCGAGCGACAAGGUUCUUGGGAUGGGGUCCACGGGGACGGUUUACAAGGCCGAGAUGCCAGGUGGCGAGAUCGUAGCCGUGAAGAGGCUGUGGGCCAAGAACAAGGAAAAUAUCCGGAGGCGGAGGAGUGGAGUUUUGGCUGAAGUCGAUGUUUUGGGGAAUGUGAGACACCGGAAUAUCGUGAGACUGUUGGGGUGUUGCAGUAAUAAUCAGUGCACGAUGCUGUUGUACGAGUACAUGCCUAACGGGAGCCUGGACGAUCUUUUGCACGGGAAGAACAAAGCGGAGAAUUUGGUGGCGGACUGGAUGACGAGGUACAAGAUUGCGUUAGGGGUCGCGCAGGGGAUAUGCUAUCUUCACCAUGACUGUGACCCGGUGAUCGUGCACCGUGAUCUGAAGCCGAGUAACAUACUCUUGGAUGCCGAGAUGGAGGCGCGCGUGGCUGAUUUCGGGGUCGCCAAGUUGAUCGAGAGCGAUGAGUCGAUGUCUGUGAUCGCCGGUUCGUACGGGUACAUUGCACCAGAAUACGCUUAUACUUUACAAGUGGACGAGAAGAGCGACAUCUACAGCUACGGAGUCGUGCUGAUGGAGAUACUGACGGGAAAAAGAUCCGUGGAUGCGGAAUUCGGGGAUGGAAAUAGCAUAGUGGAUUGGGUGAAGUCGAAGAUGAAGGUGAAGAGUGAUUUGAUUGAUGUGUUGGAUAAGAAUGCAGGCGCGUCUUGUGCUCCGGUGAGGGAGGAAAUGAUGCUCCUCCUCAGGGUCGCGUUGUUGUGCACGAGCCGUAACCCGGCCGAACGCCCCUCGAUGAGAGAUGUCGUGUCGAUGUUGCACGAGGCCAAGCCCAAACGGAAGUUGGCCGGAGGUGAUGGAGGAUUAAUGGGUUGUGGUGAUGAUAAUGUGGUUGGGGAUGGAGAUUAUCAAGAUGUUAAAAAACCAACCAUUGAAUGUUGA